AGAAGAUCAGCCGUCAACCACAAGCUGGUGAGGGGAGCCAAGCAGGCCAGGACAACCAGAAGACAAACCCCGGGAGUACACAUUAUGCAGGAGGCAACAGCUGAUGGUGAGUCUGCCAAUUACGGAAAUAUCGAAGGUGGCAACACAAUUAACGUGCAAUAGGCGCAGCUCGUAAAUGCCGUGCAGUCUGCCAACUCGGCUACCCAGGUAAACGAGGAACUGGAAAAAAUACUCCAGUUGCUGGAACAUUCAGCGCCCGGCCCGGUUAGCGCAAACAGGUAAGGCUUGGUUUUAGUUCUCCCGCCAUUUCGCCCAACAUAGGGAGAAUCCCCGAUGCUCACAACGAGGCCGACGGUGACGCGGCAUGGCCAGCCAAUCAGAACGCAGGAUAAGGGGAUUCCCUAUCCUUCCGUGCGGAUGGAAUAGACGCACACGUCAAACAACAGGUGAGGGAAAAAAUCUGGCGUGGCGAGUUUGUCGACCUCGGCACAAUCCUACCAAACACCGAGGGAAUUCACGAAGACGGUACGAUUACCAUGGCGUAUGACUCCUCAGGUAAGAUAAUUUUUAAACCAAUAAAGCAGCAACCAAAGCGCCUGUCCCUGACAAGCUGGACUUCAGCUUUCCACAUUUUCAUGUAUAUCUAUGUUAGUAGGCACUCCGAGGUCCGCACAACCCAGGGGUUGCUGUCCUACAUGGAAACCAUAAGAACGGCGGCACUUCGAUUCGGGGGGGAUGCCUGGUCAACCUACGACCAACAAUUCCGACACAGAAUGUCAAGGGACCCCUCACGACGCUGGGACAACAUCGACGGGGAGUUGUGGCUGAAGUACAUGGUCACACAGCCGGUACGACAACCAGAAUCAGGCGGACGGGGCGCAAUGACACGCGUACAGGGGGACAUAGCCAGUCAGGUAUGCUGGGAUUUCAAUAAAUUUGGCUGUAGCAGGGUCAACUGUAAGUACACUCACAAAUGCGGUAAGUGUGGCAAACAUUCCCACAGCUCUAGGACCUGCUUUCGAGGGAAUGGGGUCCAACCGACCCCAUACAAGCCCAAUCAGUCUUUCCCUAACAGAAAACCAGCCGUCAAGGCAGGUAAAUUCAAUGGCCCCUUCCCCCGUGGAUCUUAAUGAAAUGGCACCCUGGUUACGCCAAUAUGCUAGGGUCAAUUACAGAGAUGCAAAUUAUUUAUGGGUAGGUUUUAGCUUUGGUUUUAAGCUCGAGUUCCAGGGAAGCCGCACGGGUCGCCUGGCACGAAACUUGCGAUCAGCCACGCACCAAGACACGGCAGGCUACGUGAAACAAAAACUACAAAAAGAAGUCGACAUUGGCAGGAUGGCGGGCCCCUUCAAGGACACCCCCCUAGACAACCUCCGAGUAUCCCCAAUAGGCCUGGUGCCCAAGAAGCAGCCAGGCUAUGGUCAGCAUCUGGGUAAGCAUGUGGAGGAAUUCCGUCUAAUUCACCAUCUAUCCUAUCCCAGGGGUAAAUCUAUAAACGACUUCAUAGACACAGAGGCCUGCUCCGUUGUGUACUCCAGAUUUGAUGAAGCUACGCAUAUGGUUCAACAACUGGGAAAGGGAGCACUACUAGCAAAAUUCGACAUUCAGUCGGCCUUUAGAAUUAUACCAGUCCACCCAUCCGAUUUCGAGCUGCUAGGCAUCAGAUUCGAAGGUGAGUUCUAUUUCGAUAAAUGCUUACCAUUUGGCUGCUCCAUACCUUGCGCCAUAUUUGAAACAUUUAGUACCUUCUUGCAAUGGUGCAUGCAAUCACAUCUUCCAACGUGUCAGAUCAUGCAUUACCUGGAUGACUUCCUUACGGGGGGCACAGCAGGCACCAGCCACUGCUCAGACAACCUCAACGGAUGCGUGAAUACACUAGAACAGCUUGGGGUCACUAUUGCGAAUGACAAGACGGUGGGCCCCACGACCAAACUGACAUUCUUAGGGCUGGAAAUCGACACCAAUGCAAUGCAGAUCAGAAUCCCAGAGUCCAAGAUCAAGAAGGCGACAAGGGAAAUCCAAGACAUUCUGUCAACAGGUAACAUCAAGGUCACAAAAAGGGCCCUUCAGUCCCUCAUAGGCAAGCUUAACUUUAUGUGCAGGGCUAUACCAAUGGCAAGGGCAUUCAGCUGAAGGCUAAUCGAUCUGCUUAGCAAAGGUAAGCAACUUUCACCACAUUACCAGCUGGGUCAAGGAAGACCUACAAAUGUGGUUAACAUUUCUUAUGAGUUAUAAAGGCAUUUCUGUGUUUCAGGACCAACUAUGGGUAGACAGCGAUUUCCUCCAGCUGUUUUCAGACGCAGCGGGUGGUGCCGGCUUUGGGGCCUACAUGCAGGGCAAAUGGUUUAACGGCGCAUGGUCAACCCAGUGGGUGACGGAUGGAACUACACGGGACUUGACGCUCCUGGAGCUGUUCCCCAUCACACUGGCCAUCCAACUUUGGGGCAAGCAACUCGCAAAUAAAAAGGUCCUCUUUUACUGCAACAACCAAGCCGUCGUAGCAAUAAUCAACAAACAGUCUACCAAGGCCCCCAGAGUGAUGAGCCUAAUCCGUCGCCUAAUCCUGCAGUGCCUCCGAUAUAAUAUUAUGUUUAAGGCAAAGUAUGUAUGUUCCACUCCUAAAACUAUUGCCGAUGCCCUCUCGAGGUUUCAGCUCAAACGCUUCCGAGAGGCAGCACCAGCCGCGGACCAGAACCCCACACCUAUCCCGUGCAACAUAUGGCUGAUCUGAGGCAGGAAGCCGGCAGACUCCUACAACAAUCUCUGUCUACAAAGGCAUGGGCCACUUACCAAACAGGCAUCAAUGCCUUGCACCAGUUCCGGUCCACACACCAGCUACAAGAGUUUGGAUGGUGGGAUCCAGCUACAUGGCCAGGGCACGGCAGUACUUGCUCCUGAAGGGCACCAGUCCGAACCAACCGAGGAUGCUAUGGCUGGCACGAGGGGGGAUGAGGUGGAAGGAGCUGGACACCAUUCUAGAUGCACAGGUCAAGGCGACACGGCGCAGCCCCAGAGCCCUCAUCAUUCAGCUGGGCUCCAACGACCUGUGCUCGGUCAAGGGCAGCAAAUAAUAAUGCUGCUAUCAAAAUGUCUGAACCCUGUCCUGUAUCUUUAUUUACUGAAACCACUGCUUGGUAAAUCUGUUGAUAUAUAUUGUAAAUUUGUAUGUAUGUAUCAAUGCUGUACCUCUUAUGCCGCUGAUAGCGACCUGAGUGUAAUAAAGUUCGGUUCAGUUCAGCUAGGCAGGGUAGCAAUACGUGCUAUCUUUUAAGGUCUGUUGGUAUGAUGCGGUCAUAGGAUCGGAUCACAGACCUUCGGCUCUUCGGGCAGACGUUCUACCACUAGACCACGGAGGCGGUCUUCUUAAAUGCAUGGUGAUUCGUUACAUUAAUUCGUGAUACGUGGCAUUACAUGACAGGAAAACCCUGAGGUCACAAUAGUCCUAAGUCCUGGGUAGAUAUAUAAAAUAAUCUGUGUCUGUGAGUCCUUUUAUUUUCUCCUAGAUAAUGCUGGAAAAAACAAUUAUGCUUCAAAGUAAUUGUCUGCCACAAGAAAAACCAUUGUUGCAAGAUGAUUAUAACAAAAACAUAUGCAAGCCCAUAGUUUUGUGUUAAA